GCCCGGUCCCCGGGCCAUGGGGGCACAGGUGAGGCUGCCUUCCGGAGAGCUCUGCCAAGAAGGCUAUGUGCUAUCUGUGGUCUGUCAGAACUCCUCCCAGUCUUGGUGUGAGAUCACAAAUGUGUCGCAGCUGCAAGCUUCUUCUAUCCUUUACAGAAACCUGAAUUCCAGCACAACCAACUGGAGCAUUUCAGCAAAUGUAGAAAACAAAUACAAUCUUUAUGUGGGCUUGCUACUGGCCAUAUGUUCUAGCAUUUUUAUUGGCUCUAGCUUCAUUUUGAAAAAGAAGGGACUCUUGCAACUGGCCAAUAAGGGUGUUACUAGAGCAGGACAAGGUGGACAUUCUUACCUCAAGGAAUGGGUGUGGUGGGCAGGAUUACUAUCAAUGGGAGCAGGAGAGGCUGCAAAUUUUGCAGCUUACGCAUUUGCACCUGCCACCUUGGUCACCCCACUGGGAGCUCUGAGUGUUCUUAUAAGUGCCAUCUUGUCUUCCUAUUUUUUAAAUGAGCAUUUGAACAUUCAUGGGAAAAUGGGCUGCAUAUUAAGUAUAUUGGGGUCAACUGUGAUGGUUAUCCAUGCCCCACAAGAAGAGGAAGUCACGUCUUUGCAUGACAUGGAAAUGAAAUUGAGAGAUCCAGGAUUUGUUUCCUUUGCUGUGAUCAUAACUGUGAUCUCCUUGGUGCUGAUUUUGAUUGUGGCCCCCAGGAAAGGACAGACCAAUAUAUUGGUCUAUAUAUCAGUCUGUUCUUUGAUUGGAGCAUUUUCAGUUUCUUCUGUCAAGGGCCUGGGAAUUGCCAUCAAGGAACUACUAGAAUGGAAGCCAGUUUACAAGAAUCCCCUGGUCUUUGUUUUGCUGGCUGUACUUGUGCUUUCAGUCACUACACAGAUUAACUAUCUCAACAAAGCACUGGAUACUUUUAAUACGUCUCUGGUGACUCCCAUCUAUUAUGUCUUCUUCACCUCCAUGGUAGUGACUUGCUCCGCCAUCUUAUUCCAGGAGUGGUACGGCAUGAAGGCUGGAGAUGUCAUCGGGACCCUGAGUGGGUUCUUCACCAUUAUCAAUGGCAUUUUCCUUCUACAUGCUUUUAAAAAUACUGACAUUACCUGGAGUGAACUGACAUCCUCUGCUAAGAAAGACAUUCUUUCUCCAAAUGGCCACGAGAACAGUUACGUUUUACUAGAGAACUUAGAAAGUUCGACCCCAGGAUAUGAUGAUGAUGUCACCUUAUUUAGCAAGACUGAAGAUCGGAGUCCCCAUAAAACCUAAAUUGUAACCAACAUUAGAUACUUGAAGAGGAGAAAGAAGAUUUAUUCUCGAAAGGAC